AGACUGUGAGAGUUUCAGUUCAGCAUCACUGUAUUCAGCUGCUGAAGAGAGAGAGAGAGAAUUUGCAGCAGCAUCUGACCUCAGGUGUUUGUCACAAUGAGUUUUCUGAUCUCACUGUGUGCGUCGCUGCUGCUGUUAUUGAUUAAUGGUUCUACAACUUCCAGCUCUGAUCCAUGCUAUAAUUAUACGAUUCUUGAUGAAUACUGGAGAGACAUACGAGCAAACUAUUACUACUCUUCACGUAAUGACAGUCUUGUUGAAUGGAGAGGCUGGUAUCGGCUGUAUCUGAGAGGACUCAGUGCUCAAAUGUCUGAGUGGUGUGUGAGUACUACACGUUGUGGUGGUGAAACUGGAUUGUCUCUCAAUGGUUCUCAUCCAAGACUUGAGGAUGGAGUGGUGACCCGUGAAGUGGUGGGAACUAAUGCUAUGGUGUGGAUGUGGUCGACUUCCUCUUGUGGCAGCUAUAAAUCCAACUCCAUUCGAGUCAAAACUUGUCCUGGAAAUUAUUACGUCUAUGAACUUGUCAAACCCAACACAUCAAUCCCCAGCCCAAUGUAUUGUGCAGUUGCUUUCCAAAACAUCAGCAGUGAUCCCUGCUACAACUAUAAGUCUCUGGAUCGUCCCUGGAGAGCCAACAAUGAAAGUGGAGGUAGCAUUUGUGAUUAUUCUUUCUCCUGGAAUGGCUGGUACCGGCUUUUAUACCGUGGAAUGAACAUCCAGUUGCCAGAGACCUGUGUUAGUUCAUACAGAUGUAACACACCGAUCCCACUGUGGCUGAACGGUCCUCACCCUCAGAUUGUAGAUGGAGUGGUGAUCAGAGAGGUCUGUGGACAGUACUGGACUCAAUGCUGUGAUUACAAACCAAGACCAAUCAGAGUUAAAGCAUGUCCAGGAAAUUACUAUGUCUAUGAACUUGUGGAGCAAAACUGGUGUGCAGGAUAUUGUACAAAUAUUAGCACCAUUUCACAGCCGAUUUCCACUAUACGUCCAGCUAUAACCACUAGAACCAACAACACUUUGAAUUAUGACCCAUGCAUUAACUACAACACACUCAAUGACAGCUGGAGAAACAUACUCAGUUAUGGUUAUGGAUCCAAUGCUAAUUAUGAUGACACAGAUGCUAAUUGGGAUGGCUGGUAUCGACUCUUUCUUAAUGGAUUGAGUGCUCAGAUGCCUGAAUGGUGUGUGUCUUACUUGGCAUGUGGAGGUUUUAGUUCUCUGUGGCUUGGUGGUUCUCAUCCUCGGCUGGAAGAUGGAGCUGUUACUCGUGACAUUUACGGCUCUUACUAUGACCAGUGCAGUUACUACAGAUCCGACCCAAUACAAGUCAAAGCUUGUCCGGGAAACUAUUAUGUCUACAAAUUUACCAGGCCAGCUCUUUCAAUCCCAUCUCCUACAUAUUGUUCAGUACGUUUCACCACCCCAAGUGUUGACCCUUGCUACAACUAUAACAGUCUGAAUGAGACUUGGAGAGCAACAAACAAUUCUUACAAUAGUAGCAAUAUAAGGUGUGACUACCUCCAGGGCUGGUACAGGCUGUUCUACAACGGUCAGAGUGCCCAGAUGCCAGAAUCAUGUGUAAAUCAAUACAUGUGUGGAACUUACAUCCCAAUGUGGCUCAACGGCUCCCAUCCGCGACUGGAAGAUGGGGUGGUCACCCGUCAGGUCUGUGGCUCCGGGUGGAGUGACUGCUGUACUUACAGAUCUCUCCCUAUACAAGUCAAAGCCUGUCCAGGAAAUUACUAUGUUUAUGAGUUUGUCAGGCCAGUAACCUGUGGAGCUUACUGUGCAGAUAUAUCAAAACUUAGUGCAGCCUCUUCGACAACAGCAGCAACACCAAGAACAGCAACAGCAUCCAUUACUCCAAGAGUCACAGCCACUGGUGUGUGGGAUCACUGUUCUGAACUCAGUUGCUCUGAGGAUGAACACUGUGGAGAAAAAAAUGGUGUUUAUGGCUGUUUAUGUAACGCAAACCAUUCCAGAUGGAAUUCUGAAUCUUUCGAUUUCUCAGAAACCUGUGAAAGCAGCUCUGGCUCCAUGUCUGUGUCUCGCUGUCAGCUCUUUGAGGCUGGUUUUUCAGCUGAUAUCUUACAUCUCAAUGAUCCAAGCUGUAAAGGAACAGUGCGCAAUGGCAGAGUGGAAUUUAAUUUUGACAACAAUGAACACAUCUGUGGUACAAACCUUGUGGCCAAUGGCACCCACUUCAUCUAUGAUAACUUCAUUCUGGGAACACCGAGGACAGAAGGCCUCAUCAGCAGAGAGAAGGUUCUGAAGCUUUCUUUCAGCUGUGCUUACCCCCAAACACAAACUCUUUCCAUGAAUAUGGAAAUCAACCCACUGGAGAGCAUUGUGCACAAGAGCCUUCCAGCGGGUGAAGGCAGAUAUCGUGUUCGGAUGAUUCCAUAUCAGGACGAUGAGUUUACCCGGCCCUUCACUGGAAGUGUGGAUGCGGAGCUCAACCAGGAGAUGCAUGUGGAAGUUCGCGUUGAGGGGGUUGACAGUCGACAAUUUGCCCUGGUGAUAGACACAUGUUGGGCUACACCUGUGAAUGACCCCGAUUACACUCUCCGCUGGGAUCUCAUCGUUCAAGAGUGUCCCAAUCCAAAUGAUGACACAGUGGAGCUGCUGCAGAACGGCGUCUCGACAUCCAGCCGUUUCUCCUUCAGGAUGUUUAUCUUCACUGCAAACUCCACUAAGCUUUACCUGCACUGUUCUAUUCAACUUUGCCUUCUGUCUAGCAAUCACUGUUCAGUGAACUGUAACUCUGGGCAGCACUGGAGAAAGCGCAGGUCUCUGGACUUCCACGACAGUUCUUCAAUAUCCAUGGGUCCUCUGAUGUUGUCAGAAGGAAACACAGAUAAGUGGGUCAAAGACCCAGUGAAGGUAUCCAAGGCUUCUUCUCUGUGUGCUUCUCUGAUGGUGUUGUUUGUCUUUAUGAUGAGUGUCUUGAUCCUCUUUUAAAAAUUUCUUCGAGAAAAUUGGAAGCAUUUAACAUGCAUAUAAUCUAAUGUCAUUAUAAUUAAGGUUGCACUGAUGUCACGCUGGUUGUGGGUUUCUAAAGGUUUCUUUGCUUCAUAGCAGUUAUAACUGUGGUAUUUUAAGUGAAUUGUUGUUUAAUCAGUUUUAUUAAUUGUUGCAUACUACUAUAUUAAUCUUGUUUUACUUGAAAUGAAGUGGAACAAUGGCAAAGCCAAUCAGAUUCAUGCUAAUUAAAGUCAUGCAAAAACA